UUGAAGAUAUCAUAAUACACUCAAAAACAUAUCAAAAUUUGGUUAAACGGAGCAUGAGUCCGGUUGCUUCAACAAGAUGGUGUCCGACAACGGAGCAAUUGAUGAUCCUGGAAGAAAUGUACCGGACCGGUAUAAGGACUCCUAAUGCGGUGCAGAUACAACAGAUCACAGCUCACUUAGCCUUCUAUGGACGUAUUGAGGGCAAAAACGUGUUUUACUGGUUUCAGAACCAUAAGCAACUUCACCAACAACAACUCCAACAAAUCAAACUCAAACCACCGAUGAUGUCUCAACCACUUAAUAACAUCAUCGAUCAUAACAAUCCUUACUACCAUAAUCACCCUCGUCCGUAUGAUCAUAUGUCGUUCGCUUGCUGCUCUCAGCCUUCUCCCGUUUGUCUUUCUCAUCAGGGAAUCGGAGUAAAAGCUCAAAGCAAAGUGGUGAAUGAAUAUUAUUACAACAAAAGUGGACCUGAAGAUAUGCUGAUGCAAAAACCAACCACGGAUCAAAACUCAUCGUACGGUCGAGACUGGAUGAUGACGAUAGAUAUGGGUCCACGACCAUCAUAUCCAUCAUCACCAAUUCCAUGUUGCGAGUGAACAGUCGGAAGAUACCACCAAAAACCCUUGAACUCUUCCCAAUCUCAUCCAUCAACUCCAAACAAGACAUUUCCAAACUUUAAAGAAAAAUAAGACAUUUACAAAAGAGAUUUUGCAGGUGUUUCACUCAGUUAUCAUAUAUUAUGUGUCGAAGUCCUACCAAACACGUGUA